CUUUCCCUCCAUUGCUCUCUCUCUCUCUCUCUACACACACCUUCUCAUAUACCCAAAAGAUACCCCAUAUACCACACAUCAUGGCUGCUUCUCUCUUCCGUACCUCUACCCGCGCUGCCCUCCGUUCUGGAGCUUCGGCUACUCCCAGAGCUGGCGUUGCGGGCUUGACUUUUGCCCGGGGCAAGGCUACUCUGCCUGAUCUGUCGUACGACUAUGGUGCUCUGGAGCCUGCCAUCUCCGGUCAGAUCAUGGAGCUUCACCACAAGGCUCACCACAACACCUACGUCAACAACUACAAUGCCGCCGUUGAGCAGCUCCAGGAGGCUCAGCACAAGGGCGACAUUUCCGCUCAGAUUGCUCUCAAGCCCGCCAUCAACUUCAACGGUGGUGGUCACCUGAACCACACUCUCUUCUGGGAGAACUUGGCCCCCAAGAACGCUGGUGGUGGUGAGCCCCCGUCGGGUGCUCUCGCUUCUGCCAUCGACAACACCUUUGGCGGUCUCGACAAGCUCCAGGCACAGAUUAACACUGCUCUUGCUGGUAUCCAGGGCAGUGGCUGGGCUUGGCUCGUCAAGGACAAGCAAACCGGUCAGAUUAGCGUCCGCACCUACGCUAACCAGGACCCUGUCGUUGGCCAGUUCCAGCCCCUCCUCGGUAUUGACGCCUGGGAGCACGCCUACUACCUCCAAUACCAGAACCGCAAGGCCGAGUACUUCAAGGCCAUCUGGGACAUCGUCAACUGGAAGGCCGUUGAGAAGCGCUUCUCGUAAGCGCAUGAAAAGCACUGUAUAUUUUGACGCAAUUGACUUUUGAGCGUAUUUUACUGUGCUUGAAUAAGAUGACUUUACUAGUUAAUGAAUGAAUUGGCUAUUCUGAUGUCC